GUUCGUAUUCUGAAGUUGGAGAACACGGACCAGAACCGCACCAUUGUGUCGGCGAUGAUUGACAGUGCUGACAUUUGGGAGUCCUGGGCGCUCUGGUCGGUUUUGAAGUUGUUCGUGAAGAUUGUGGAGCAUGCGAGCCAGCGUGUGGUUUCUCGGGAGAACGACUUUCGUCAAACCGCGCGGCAACGAGAGCGUACUUCGUCGACAAUGAUUGCCCCAGAUGCCAGCACGGCCACGAGCAAGCACGAGGACGUGACGCCAGCUGCUCCAGGCCUCCUUCCGGGUGGUGAAGAGGUCGUCGGAGGCCUGAUGCCGGCCGGUGAAGGUGAGCCUGCAGGCCCCAUGCCGGCUGGAGGAGACCCCUCGCCGACUGGCGAAGUCGCCGCAGGCCUUGCACAAGCUGAUGGGGAGGAGCUGGCGGCAGCACAUGCAAGGACUGCAGGAGAUCCUCGUCCAUCGCCUCGUUCGAGGAAUGAG